GCUUUAACGUCUUUUAACGGUCGUGUCGGGACUGGAGUAGAGUCUAUAUAAGUGAGGCUGGCAUUCCUCGUGUUUCAGUUGGACCCACCACCUGUUGGUCGACGCCCAAUUAGUCGAAUUAAACGGUUUUGUGAAUCGUGAAAAGUGGCGUCUUUGCUGAUGUUUCCCUCGUCUGGCCUUUUUGCUGAUAUAAACUGCCCUCUCUCGAAACGUGGGUUUUGUGAGCGGCCUCACUGUUCGUACAAACAUGCUACAGAAGUGCGGGAUGUAUUUGGUGCAGCGUGUAAAUCAGCGAUAGUCCACUCAGCAGCAGGAGUCCAAAAUGGCUACCCAUCUUUUGCCUGUGGAGCACUAGUGGGUGAUGAGACCAGAGACGACUGCCUCCAGGAGCUGGAGCGGAUCAACAAGGAGAUCGAAACCGUAAGGCACGAAGUGGAGCAGGAGCAAAAGCGUCUGUCGCGCUGCCAGAACAUACAGGCAGACGAUACAAAUGCUGUGCCUGAUUUCUCUGCUUGUAAGACUGCAGGUCAACGUGUAGACAGAAGUUCAUGCACAGACUUCACUAAGACGUACUCCCAAGUAAGGAAGUACGUGGUUGACAACUCAAAACCAAGGACUGAUUUGGAGUAUGACCCUCUGUCCAACUUUUCUGCUGACCUGCGGUCUUACAGUUCAUCAGGGAAGGAGCAGAAAGUGAAAAAUGGAAAUGGUUUGAAAAGGGAAAGAGAGGCUGUACGCUGUGACCAAAAGAAACCAGCUGCUCAGGCUCAGCUUUCCCAUCAGUCAUCUCCAGAGCCACUUGAUGACUCCUAUGACGACAGUGUCCUGAUAAUUGACAUUCCUCCCUCGCCUGACAACAAAAGAGGUCGAACCCAGAAACUCAGUUGUGUUACUGGCAAAUCCCAGAGUGCAAUAGAAGAAUUGAAGGAGGUCAAAGCAACGCCUACUUUAAUUGAUUCUCCCCCGCUCUGCCUUGCAAACGCUGAAGUGUGCCAGGUCACAUCUCCAUGUGCAUCGAGAGUCAAGGUGAAUAAAGUUUAUAAUCAGUGUGUUGUUGACAUACCAGUUGAUGGGAGUGUAGUUGACUUAACUGGAUGUGUAGAAGAUCUGGAAAGCAAAUGUCAGAAAGUUACUUGUUUUCAGGCUGCUGAAACAGAAGAGAACAAUCCUGAACCUGCAGGUCUUUCUGCCUCCACAGACCAGCAAGAUAAGAGUUGGAACAAUCUGGGGAAAGAAGAGGAAGAAAACACAUUUCAGGUUGAGCUGUCCUAUAGUGUUGAGAAAAUGAAUCCACUGCAGCCACAUAAUCUUCCAUCACAGAAUUCACUUUUUUAUAACGCUCCAGCUGCAAAUGUCAACUCACCAUGCAGGCAACACACCAAGCAAGCCGAGCCAGGUCAGAGCAGAGUUCAUAACUACUGGUCUCCCAAGCAAAGUGCACCAUCAUUGGUGCCACACAGCCAGAAAAUGACAGGCAAAAUACCAGGACAGAUGCAGGGUAGAGCCAUCAUUAACCAGACCUCAUCUGUAAGACACCAGGAGCAAGAACCAGAACCAGCUUCAGGCAGCAACCAGUUUCAAACCCGACACCCUUCAUCAACAUCUGGUAGCUCACACUGCACAACUCUCAGAGCUGAAUCAUCAUCUGAACCCACUGAGCAGCUUUUGGUGAGGGCAGAUAACGAAGAGGUUAUAAUCAUCUCCAGCUCCGAGGAGGAGGAGCUCAACUAUUCAGAUGUGGAGCUGUCAGACAGUGACCCAAUGGAAGAAUGCUACAGGAUCUUCAUGGAGGCAAAUAAUGAGAAUAAGGGAAAUGAGGAACAACCUGAUGUGUCUGUUGCAGCUACAGAUGUGGAGAAGCAGGAGUUGAACACCACACCUCAGGCAUUAGCAGGAAAGAAGAGAGUUGCUCAUGAAGCCAAACAUACAGAGCAGCCAGCAGCAAAGAGUAGACCUCAGCCCAAGAUUUUGGUACCUCUGCAUGGGCCAGCAGCUUCAGGAUUUGGCUCCCAGUCCUCCAUCACGUCCAGGAUCCAGCAGGUGCAGCAGAGAGCCUCCAUCCUGACUGCUUCAGUAAAAGGUGGUCAGGCUUUUGUUUCCUCCACCUGUCAGAGGACACCAGAGACCCAGACCAUGACUUGUCCUCCCACUCAGACCCCUGCAAACACACAACCUGCUCACGUGCAAAGUGCUUACAUGAACUACCUAUCUUUUGGAACUGCAGUGAUUGAAGUAGGCAACAACUUGCACUUGAUCCUCCCAGAGGGCGCCUUCCCUCUGUCCGCUACUUCAAGCUCCAGCCCAGUUACUUCUGUGCUGACCCCAGUCAGUCCAGUGCAUAUGAGCUCUGUCAGUGUGAAACAAACAUACCAUCCAGCUGCAGUUACCCCUCUGCAGAGAUACCGUGCAACAGCACCUCUGCUCAUUCCUGCUCCGAUUCGUAAACCUAUGCUGACCUCUGCUGCGGCACAUUCAAGUCCAGCUGCCUCCACUCAGCCUGCUGCCCAUGCUGCUGCUGAUAAGCCAGUGCGUGCUAAACGUAAACAGAAGCAGCAGCCCGAGGCCGCCAAAGAUAAAGUGCCCCAUGAUAUCCGACAGCGUUACGUCAACAUGUUCACAGAGGAGUUCCUUAAAACAACAGCCAAUGUCAAUGAUGCUUUUGAAAAGGCUGUAGCUGAAGAGAGGACUGUGUACAAUCGCAGUGUGAACAAACUCAAAUAUCUGAGCAUUGCCGUGAAUUCACUGAAGAGGCUGAAGAACCAAAGUGCUGCUUCAGCUAAAGAUGAAAAUGAGGUCAACAGCCAAAGAUCAAAAGGCAACAUACCAUUUAACCCAAAGAAGUUAAAAGGAAAUGAUGAUAUGGCAUUGUAUGAGAGUUUGAGGGAUUAUAUUUUGACUGAGGGAGAACUGAUUGAGAGCAACUAUCCCAUGCAGCAUCCAGAGAAACCUGGAUCUGCUGCUCUUUUCACUGACAAUAAGAAAGGCAACACAGACUCCCUCAAGAGGAUCUGCUGUCGAUGUGGGGCCACGUACUCUGUGAACCAAACAGGCAAACACACUCGCAAGGAGGAGUGCAACUACCAUUAUGGGAAAGGAAUUGAGAAUAGAGUGCCAGGUGGUGUGGAGACCCGCUACAGCUGCUGUGAAGGAGUCAUGGGAGCACCUGGAUGUCAGGUGUUUAAGUUGCAUGUCCAUGAUUCCCUCAGCCUGGAUGGGUUUGUGUCUACCAUCCCCAGACAUCCCUCAGAUACCAGCUGUCCUGGGGUCUACUCUUUGGAUUGUGAAAUGUGUUAUACUGUUCAUGGUUUGGAGCUGUCCAGAGUCACGGUGGUCAACUCCAGUCUUCAAGUUGUCUACGACACCUUCGUCAGACCUGAUAAUGGUGUUAUUGAUUACAACACCAGGUUUUCAGGCAUCAGUGAGGAGGAUGUGAAGGGUAACAACACCUUCAUCAGAGAGGUGCAGGAGACCUUACUGAGCUUCAUUAGCGCUGACACCAUUCUGAUCGGACACAGCCUAGAAACAGACCUCUGUGCCCUGAAGUUACUUCAUGGGACGGUGGUGGACACAUCAGUGGUCUUCCCCCACCGUCUGGGCCCCCCUCACAAGCUGACCCUCAACAAUCUCACUGCUGAAUACCUCCGGAGGAUCAUCCAAGAGAGUGUGUGUGGCCACGACACUGCAGAGGACGCUGCUGCCUGCAUGGAGCUCAUGUUAUGGAAGGUCAAAGAGGAUGGAAAACUGAAAAAAUGAUGGAAAUAAAACCAAAAAAUAAUCCCCACACUGUUCAUACAUGAAAAAUGUAUCUGAAAAUCUGAAUGUGCGAAGCUCUGUCAGCUCUGUUCUGAGUAUUUAGGAGGGCUGUUUAUUUUUUUUAGUUUGAUUACGUCACUUUAUUUGUGUUAAUAAUACAGUAUUCUCUGUAUGUUUUGAUUUGCAGCCCACAUGUCCAUGCUUGUAUAAAUAUUUGUGAUCGUGCUGCAGCGUGCUAAAAAAAACCUGAAGCAGUGGGGUGUCAUUAAUAUUAUCCAAUUAAAGGCACAGAAUAAAA